GAAGGGCGAUUUGCUCCAUUCUGAGUUUCGUGCCCGCCCGAGUAAACCCGGAAUUGCAUAAACCUCGUGCAGUUGUUGAAAAUCCCUGAAAUUACAGCGAUCUUCUAGAAAUUGAAAGCCCUUGGGUCGGAUCGCACUUGCCUCUUCGAACAUGUGAAACCUGACACUCCUCUUUCGGAGCUCGACGGAGCUGAUGGGGACCGCAGACGCUAAAUAGGUCCGACGAUCCGUUCGUAGCCACGAUCGACACGAAUUGACGAGGGUCAGGAGUGUAGCACCGACUCUGUUCUCUUUUAACACUGCUUUUGAUUCAUACGCAUCUUGGAUUCGCCGGUAGGUAGCAGCACGUGAUUCUGGAAUCAGCAUCAGUCGAGGACCUUGGUCGCACGGCUGGACAGGGUUCUCUCAAUUCGAUCGUCCGGUAGUCGAUGGACAUCGGUCGGGAAGGUUUUAAUAUUAUUCCGAGGAUUAGAGGGAUUGAAACGCUUGAAGCAAAGAGUAGGCAGCCAACAUUUGGACCACAAGUUCAUCGGUUGCCAUUCGAUUUUUCCGUGAAAUCAAAGCGUCUCUGGGCGUUGGUGGGAAACGAAGGCCAAUGUGAACGUGCUUCCAUCUCCGACAGGCUUCUGACCAACCUUUCGAAGGGCGGAGCCGGAUUUGAGCCAAGAACCAAACAGUUUUCCACGGGUUAGCCCAAAAGCGAGGACUCCGCGACGCAAACAUCCUGCCCGACCAGUUAUGACCUCAUGCAAAGUCCUUGACCUCUACGACCUGCACUUUGACUUGCCCGUCGAUGGAGAGACGUAGAUGUCAGGCUCUUCCAAUAUUGGACGAAAUUCAAGGUGCGAAUCUGAAUAUAUAUCUAGUCUCUUCCGACAAUUGGACUCAAGCGAGAGACUCCAGCGAAACAGCGGGACACAAGAGAUGAAUUCGUGUCGGUCUCCUUCGAUCUACACAUCAUCCGAGACCCCUUUCCGACUGGCUGGGGGAACGCGUGACUGACCGACCGGCCACGGCCUCAAGCUUCGGGUGAGAAUCGAGCAAGCUCUCUGGACGACACAGACACUGCGGAAACUCUUGACAACGAAAGAAUGGAGCAGAACGAUACCAGUCGAGACACGGAAGAGGUAUCUGGCUACUCGUCCGUGAAUGGAAGGCUGCGAAGUGCCGACGACGGAAGGGAUGCAGAAGCUUUAGAGGAAACUCAGGAGAAACAGGCCACUUACGCAGGCGUUCCUACGCCAGUCGAAUCGGGAGACUCACCCAAGAUCGAUUUGACAACCGUCGGAGAAAAUGUAGCUCGCAGAUGUAAAGAAGACGAGGAGGCGGAUGUACACAUGCGGUCCUUUCAACGUCCGCAAAGGAUCGAUUCUGUGGGUACGGGGGAGAAUGUGGCUACCACAACCUCUGCCAGCGCCCCUGUGCACCCUCCCCAGGAAAUGGAAGUGCUAACGCCAGUUGAAGAAGGUUCAUCAUGUCUUCCAUUUCGAAGCGAUUCUAUGGACGAAAUUCUCGACAGUAGCAGGCUGUUGCAAGAUGUCAAGCCCAAAUCAUUAUCCCCUUCAUCUAGCAGUCGGCGGUCCGAGCCAGCAACAACAAGUUCCCGCCAUGACAACAUUAACCCUGAACAAAUAAGUUCUUUAGCUAGACUUCCCAGCUACACAGUGAACGUCCCUUCUGAUUCCAACUUUCCAGCAUCCUUAGGUGACACUACCGGAUUUGAUCCUGGUGGAAGGAGGGUGACAAUCUUGAGCAUGGAUGGAGGAGGCAUGCGAGGUCUCAUUGCUGCAAGAAUCCUUGCUCAUCUCGAGUCACUGCUGAAGUCAAAAACCGGGGAAGAGGUGAAGCUUUGCGAAUACUUCGAUUUCUUGGCUGGGACAAGCACGGGAGCAAUUUUGACCACAAUGAUAAACACACCAGACGAAAAUGGACAACCACUCUUCACUGCACAACAGUGCUGCCAGUUUUAUUCGCGCAAUGGAAAGAAUAUAUUUCGACCUCGUUGGUACGACCCAUUUCACGGCAAGAUGAGGCAAUUCUACAGGCCUAAAUAUUCUGCCAAGAGAUUGGAAAGGUUGUUAAAAUCCUACCUUAUUAGGGAUGGCAAAGUUCUCACCAUGCGGGACACAAUGAGACCAUUUUUGGUGACCUCCUUCGACAUUUCUCAAGCGACUCCGCACAUCUUUGUGAGGCAAGCUGCAAUGAAAGACGAGAGCCGCAACUUUCGUCUGUGGGAGGUUUGUCGCGGAACUGCCGCUGCACCCACCUACUUCAAACCAGCAGAGAUUUCAUCCACGGAUGGUAGAUUUUCUGGUGUGCUAAUUGACGGAGGCGCUAUUCAGAAUAAUCCAUCCCUCGUCGCAAUGACUCAUGUACUUGGUAACAACGAAGAGUUUCCAGAGGCAUCAGGUCUUCAAAACUUGCUGAUAUUAUCUCUAGGUGCUGGCCAAUUAGACCAGAAGCAUGAAUCAAAGGUCGCUCGAAAGUGGGGUUUGACUGGUUGGGUUCGGCCUCUACUCAAUAUUAUGAUGGAUGGUUCUUCAGAUACUAUAGACUAUCAGCUGGCUGCAUCCUUUGCUGGUCACAGCUGCUCGGAAAAUUAUCUCCGCAUUCAGCUGUCAGGAUUACCAAACAAGACACCGUUCAUGGAUUGUACUACCAAGGAGAACAUUAAAGAUCUCAUCAACUGUGCGGAUGAAUUGCUUCAGCAGAAGGCUGCAAUGCGGAACGCAUAUGGAGAGAAAGUUACUCUAGAGGUUACUUAUGCUGAACGUCUGUCUUGGUUUGCAGAUCAGCUAAUUGCUCAAAAGAAACUUAGAGAGGAAUUAGGUUGUAAACAUCGAGAUGGCGCAAAACAUCCAUCUGAUGCCGCACCAGGACUAGGCCCAACAGCGAGAUUGGUCUCGCCCAUGAUAAGUCAUUUGUUCACACACAAACAAACGUUUGACAACCACUUGAUGGACAACUUCCAGAAGUCUAAAUCACUGCGAUAUUAAACAACCUGUACAUAGUUUCCAUGAUAUAAAAAAAACUGAG